GUCGUGAAGAAUGGAGGGGCCCAACGUUGUACCCACCGUGGUUGAUCUCGCAAAGCGGUCCAGUUAUAGCCUGCGAUCUCAUCAGUCUAAUACAUCCCGGAACCGUGCGGAUGAAGAUGUCGCGUCUAAUCGAAGCGAAGCCAGUACGAGGGUGGAGGCAGCUGAAGCUGUUGGCGAAGAGAAUGAGCCGGUGAUUGACCCAGAGUUCAAGUUACCGAAGCUUAGAUCACUAUCAAUAAUCAUAUUAACCAAUGUGAUGUUGCAGCUGUCAUUCUUCAUCAUAGUCUCGUCCUCUAGCGAGUACGCCGCAUACCUGGGUGGUACAUCGACGUUCUCCGGUUUGGUUAUCGGUAUCCCUACCGUGUUCUCGGGUCUUGCCCUCCUUCCGAUGAUGAAAUGGGAUCAAGGUGUAUACCACCGUCCAUUACACUUAGCCUGUGCCGCCAGCGUACUCGGCAAUAUGCUGUACGGCCUCGCGUAUAGGGCCCACUUCCUGUAUCUGAUCCUGAUAUCCCGCAUCGUGCUCGGAGUAUCGUUCACCUUCUGGAUGUACUGCAAGCGUUACUGCUCCGACCCGCGGAUCGUGGGCAUCCGUCGGCGAACCGCGCUAGCCGGAUGGCUCGUCGUGGGGCAAGGCGCGGGAUUCAGCGUCGGCCCCUUCAUCGGCGGUUUGCUCUACAGAGUAGGGUUCCAGAAUGGGGUCUUCAACGGGUACACUAGCCCGGGGUGGAUCAUGGCAGGUGCUUGGCUUGCCUUUUGGGUUGCCGUGGCUGUCUUCUUUGAAGAUGUACCCGUCACCCCGCCUCCGGAACAGGUCGAAUUGACGAAUAUGUCAAGCUCUAGUCCUCAUACGCAGCAGCAAGCUGCAGACGAGCACCGCAUGACUCUCCAGCGCUGGGGCGUCGUGGUGUGCAUGUGCUGGUACGCCAUGACAUGCUUCUUCAUCCUCGGCGCCUGGGAAGCAAACAUCCCCGUCUACACUGCCCAGGCCUUCUCCUACUCGCCCUUUUCCGCAGGCAACCUCAUCGCACUCGGCGGGAUCACCACCUUCCCGUUCCUCCUCGCGAACCUGUUCGUUGCGCGACGCGUGCAGGACCGGCAUACGCUUGCGGUGGGCUCAGCCAUCGGCCUAGCUGGUUUGCUGGUCAUGAUCGCCCUCCUUAAGACGAAUACCGUGCAGUUCGGCACCGUAUAUUUCUGCUGGUUCCUUGUCGCGCUCGGGUUCAAUAUUGCUAGCACGUGCACUCUCAGUCUCCUAUCCAAGCAGCUUCCCGGGGAGUGGAAUAGUCGUAUCAGUCUCGCAAUCCAAUACAGUAAUUAUACAGGACGGGUUACAGGGGCUGUGUGGGGUGGAGCUGGCGUGAAGGUGGGUAUGCUUAACUACUUAGGCUUGCAGAUCGCUGUGGUCGGGAUUGGCGGCGUCAUGUUCAUGACCCUAUGGAGGGAUCUGAAGGCGAAGACGGGAUGAAAGAUCGUAAGGGAAUUGCGUCGUAUUGCUGAUCUCUGUCGCGGUUUUCUAGAAUAAAUAUAUGCAUCCUGGAUAGCGCACAGAAGCCCUAUCAUUCAAGUGUCAGUGUGAAGAUCAACAGAAGGCAACACUUAGUGGCUUACCUUGCAUUGGAGUCCUUGGUCGCGACUCCGCCUCCGUAUUCUUCGC